CUUUGCUUCAACCAGCUGUCAAAGAGACAGUUUCUGGCAACUGUGCAUUCCAUUUUUUAUUGAAGAACAUACAGAAUAUAUAUUAGUUUAAUCAAAUACUAGUCUAUUAUCAAUUAAAAAUAAUAAUAUUAAUAAUGCACGGCAGACUCAAAGUGAGGACAACUGAAGAGCAAAAACUACUUAAAGAGAAAGAAAAUCAAAAAAAAUUAGCAGCUUACAAAAAGGGAAUGGCUUUUGUGUUAGCCACUAGAAAGAAGGACUCCUUUAAUGAGGAAGCUUUUUCCGUAUCCUCACAAAUACUUUUAGCUAAUUCACAUAUUUAUACAUUAUGGAAUUAUCGUAAAGAAGUUAUAUUAAUGGAAAUCAAGAGGUGUAAAGAAGGAAGUAACAAGGAAAUUGUCGAAUUUCUUGAAAAAGAGCUUGACUUUACUGAGCAAUGCAUUCUGAGUAGCCCUAAAUGUUAUAGUUCUUGGCACCAUCGAUAUUGGGUUCUAGAAAACCACCCAGAACCAAACUGGGAAAAAGAAUUCCAAUUGUGUUCAAAAUAUUUGAUUGUUGAUGAUAGAAACUUCCAUUGCUGGGACUAUAGAAGGCUCAUCCUCAACAAAACAGGUCUUAACUUGGAAAAAGAAUUAGAAUUCUCUACUGAACGUUUGAAUGCAAAUUUUUCAAACUAUUCAUCUUGGCAUUACAGAAGUACUCUAAGAAUACUUGAUGUUAAUAGUCUAGAUGAAGAACUGAAUUUAGUACAAAACGCUGUGUUCACUGACCCUUAUGAUUCAAGUGCCUGGUUUUAUUUUCGUUGGAUUUUAAACCAUAGGGAGAUACUUAAGGAGAAACGGGAACAAGUGUUAAGAUCUUUGAAGGAACUGGAAGAACUUGAACCUGGUUGUAAAUGGGUUUUAAUGGCCAAAUUUUGGGUGAAUGAAACAUUGAGUGGAAUGAAAAAGGAAAAGAGAGAUGAUCCUGAAUGUAUGAUUCACAAGUUAAUUGAAUUGGAUCCAUUGAGAAAGAAGAGAUAUUUUGAUUCUUUAGGCCAGAUAGAUAAGUUGCAUGCGAUGGCUUUGGAGUCAACUCUGAUAUCGAUAUCUUACCUCUUUCUACCAUAUGGAUAGCCUCAUUGAGAUACGGGAGCAACAACCUAUUAACAACGAAUCCAGGGGUGUCUUUGCAUUUGAUG